CCAUCAACAAUAGAAAUAUAAUCCGCCCAGCGGUUCUACAAGUCUAAUUUCACAAAUAACUCUGAAAAUGAACAUUGCGUUCUCUUUGAAUCCUGUGCUUCGCUUUCCACACGGCCAAUUGUCCGAAUCCAGACUAUGCAACCUUCAAUCCUCCCGUUCUCGUGUCCUUGAAUCAUCGAAUCGAACACCCUCCGACAUCGUUGCUUCUCCGAUUUCUCAUGGAAUUCAUCUUCGGAGCCACUCGCGUGAGUUGCGUACCCUCCUCUUAUCUCCAGCUAGGGUUUCUUCAAACAACAGUCAAUUCGGUUCGUUUCCAGAUGAAAGGGAGCAACAGACACCGAAUUUCACUGAGUUUAUUACGUCAGCGAGGGUCAAAGUCGUGGCGAUGCUUGGUCUGGCACUGGCGCUCUGUAAUGCCGACCGAGUGGUAAUGUCCGUGGCUAUUGUUCCGUUGUCUCUUGCUCAUGGUUGGAGCCGAUCGUUCUCUGGUAUUGUUCAGUCGGCUUUCCUUUGGGGAUACCUAGUUUCACCAAUAGCCGGAGGGACGUUAGUGGACUACUACGGUGGUAAGGCUGUCAUGGCAGUAGGUGUGGCACUGUGGUCACUAGCGACAUUUCUCACUCCCUGGGCUGCAGAAACUUCUCUAUGGGCUCUGCUUGCCAUGCGGGUAAUGCUUGGCAUUGCAGAAGGUGUGGCUCUUCCUUGCAUGAACAACAUGAUAGCAAGAUGGUUCCCUCAAACAGAACGAGCCAGAGCUGUUGGAAUAGCAAUGGCUGGAUUUCAGCUUGGAAGCGCAAUAGGAUUGACAUUGUCACCAAUUCUCAUGUCUCAAGGUGGUAUAUUUGGACCAUUCAUAAUUUUUGGGUUAUUUGGAUUCCUUUGGGUUUUGGUUUGGUUAUCUGCAACAUCCAGUACCCCUGAUCGUAGUCAGCAGAUUUCAAAAUAUGAGUUGGAUUACAUACUAAACAAUAGGCGGAGUUCCUUUCCGGUGGAUAAUAAGUCCAGGACAGCCAAAAUGAUCCCUCCAUUCAGGCGCUUGCUUUCUAAAAUGCCAACAUGGUCUCUUAUAGUCGCAAAUGCCAUGCAUAGCUGGGGUUUUUUCAUUAUUCUUUCUUGGAUGCCGAUAUACUUUAACUCAGUAUACAACAUUGACCUUAGACAGGCAUCAUGGUUUAGUGCUGCUCCAUGGAUUGUGAUGGCAGUAAUGGGAUAUUUUGCUGGUCUAUGGUCAGACAUGUUAAUACGAGGAGGUACAACUGUCAGUUUGACUCGGAAGAUCAUGCAGUCAAUCGGUUUUGUAGGUCCUGGUAUUGCCCUUGUUGGUUUAACUGCUGCAAAAAGUCCAUGGAUUGGAUCUGCUUGGUUGACUAUAGCUGUUGGGCUGAAAUCUUUCAGUCAUUCUGGUUUUCUUGUAAACCUUCAGGAAAUCGCUCCGCAUUAUUCCGGUGUUUUACAUGGUAUAUCAAAUACGGCUGGAACAUUUGCAGCUAUUUUGGGUACAGUUGGGGCUGGUUAUUUUGUUGAACUGAUGGGGUCCUUCCGAGGGUUCCUAUUGCUUACUUCGCUGUUAUAUUUUCUCUCUGCCCUUUUCUACAUCGUCUUCUCCACCGGGGAGAGAGUAAAUUUUGAUGAAACUGGUCCAUGAACAUUCUUUUAAUGGCUUCCUGCCAGACCUCCAGGAUGUAUAGCGGCCUCUAGGAUGUAUAGCGGCAUAAAUAGUUACAGGUGGGCGGAGCAGAUUUGGUAAUGGAUUGUAGAGGCAGCAUUUUUCACCCUUGUUUUUCAUCCACCAAAGAAAUUUGCAGUUCUAAAUUUUUAGGGUCUCUCCAUGUAUUUUUGGGAGGUGAUUAUGACAUUUAGGUUUGUAGGUGUUAUUGUUUGUUUUGCUGGCUUGCCUCUCAAAUUAUCUACAGCUUAUUGAGUAGUUGCAAAGACGAGAACAUUCAGAUGGGACUCAUAUGUCGUAAUGAAGAUGAUGAAAUCAAGGUUCGUUCUUUUU